CCCCCCGGCUGCAUCCCUCUCCUCCCCUGUCCUCUGUCUCUCUCGCGCCUGCACUUGGACGCCUACUUUUGUGGACGUCUUUUCCUCCCUCUCCCUCCCUCCCGUUGUCGCUCUCGCCCUCCCUUCCCUCGGAACAUGUCCUCCUACAUGCCACUGCCGCCGAAGCACCUGCUGGAGCCAACUCAGGCCCCAUACAAGCGGAGAAUGAUGGCUAUCAUCGGUGUUGUGGCAGUUGGCGCGUUGAUCUUCCCUCAUUAUUGGUUCGGUGAGGACCCCCAGCGCAUCAAGUUCCUGAAGCGCUUCUACCCGGAGAAGCGCUUCCGGGUGACGAAUCCCCCUUGGACGCCGGAAACCUGGGACGCGGUCAAUGAUUUGAUGAAGCACGAGUUCCCCAAGAUCAUGGUCACCCAGCCGGACCGUUUGCCCCUGCCUUCGGAGAUCGCCGCCGAGCAGGGCUACCAAUCGCAGCUGGUUUCGGAUAUUUUGCACCAAACGCCCGAGGUUUUCUCCGGGACUGUGCCCUUGGUUGUGCACCAGCAUGCGCAGGAGCUCCGUGAGGCGAAGGCCCGGAAAGAGGCUGCUGCGGCUGCGGCUGCGGCUGCGGCUGCGGCUGUCGAAGCUGCUCCUGACGCUGCCUCCUCUGCACAGUAG